CGCGCUUGUGGCGCCUAUUAAUCAUUUACCAGUCCAGAGCUGCGCCAGUUAAUGGCUGUGCCGUGCUGGGCUCCAGCCCCUCGGCCGCGUCUCCCCAAGCUCCCGCGUGCCCAGACUCCCCGGAGCGGCCAGAAGCAGCGCGCAGGCAGCGGCGCGGCGAUGCGCCCCGCCGGCGCUGGUAGGAGCUGCUUUCUCAGCCACUGCUGCGGUCUACCCCGAGGCGCCAGGUGGCUGUGAGCUGCAGGCGACCGGCUGGGUGUCUAAAGAGGGCGCAGGCGGCGGGGGCGCGAGAAGAACGCCCUGGCGCCCGCGGCCCCACCGGCCCCCCUCGGCUGGGAUGUUCCCCAAUGGCACCGCCUCCUCUCCUUCCUCCUCUCCUAGCCCCAGCCCGGGCAGCUGCGGCGAAGGCGGCUGCAGCAGGGGCCCCGGGGCCGGCGCUGCGGACAGCAUGGAGGAGCCUGGGCGGAACGCGUCCCAGAACGGGACCUUAAGUGAGGGCCAGGGCAGCGCCAUCCUCAUCUCUUUCAUCUACUCCGUGGUGUGCCUGGUGGGGCUGUGUGGGAACUCCAUGGUCAUCUACGUGAUCCUGCGCUAUGCCAAGAUGAAGACGGCCACCAACAUCUACAUCCUGAACCUGGCGAUUGCCGACGAGCUGCUCAUGCUCAGCGUGCCCUUCCUGGUCACUUCCACUUUGUUGCGCCACUGGCCCUUCGGCGCCCUGCUCUGCCGCCUCGUGCUCAGUGUGGACGCGGUCAACAUGUUCACCAGCAUCUACUGUCUGACUGUGCUUAGCGUGGACCGCUAUGUGGCCGUGGUGCACCCCAUCAAAGCAGCCCGCUACCGCCGCCCCACCGUGGCCAAGGUGGUGAACCUGGGCGUGUGGGUGCUGUCCCUGCUUGUCAUCCUUCCCAUCGUGGUUUUCUCACGCACGGCUGCCAACAGCGACGGCACAGUGGCCUGCAACAUGCUCAUGCCUGAGCCUGCCCAGCGCUGGCUCGUGGGCUUCGUGUUGUACACAUUUCUCAUGGGUUUCCUGCUUCCCGUCGGGGCCAUCUGCCUGUGCUAUGUGCUCAUCAUCGCCAAGAUGCGCAUGGUGGCCCUCAAGGCCGGCUGGCAGCAGCGCAAGCGCUCGGAGCGCAAGAUCACCCUCAUGGUGAUGAUGGUGGUGAUGGUGUUUGUCAUCUGCUGGAUGCCUUUCUACGUGGUGCAGCUGGUCAACGUGUUCGCCGAGCAGGACGAUGCCACCGUGAGCCAGUUGUCAGUCAUCCUCGGCUACGCCAACAGCUGCGCCAACCCUAUCCUCUAUGGCUUCCUCUCGGACAACUUCAAGCGCUCUUUCCAGCGCAUCCUGUGCCUCAGCUGGAUGGACAACGCCGCGGAGGAGCCCGUCGACUACUAUGCCACCGCUCUCAAGAGCCGCGCCUACAGUGUGGAAGACUUCCAGCCAGAGAACCUGGAAUCUGGAGGCGUCUUUCGUAAUGGCACCUGCACUUCCCGGAUCACCACGCUUUGAGUCCCGGACCUGCGUGAAGAAAGGGGGAGAAGACUGGAUGGGAGGCGGAGUGUGCAGAGAUAUUAUCUGCAGCGGUGCCCCCGCGGUGCGGUGGGGAUACCCUGGGGCAGGGCUCCUCCGCCCCUGGGGUGGAAGGACCUAAGAAAGCCUAAGGAAGACCAAGGUAGAAUUGAGUUUUGCUUACAAAUUGGGAAGGCUUUCUGACCACCUUUUCCUCUGUUUCCCACUGUUGGCCUCUUCCUCCACUGUGCUUGCUGCUCCGCACCCCUGAGACCCCCACACCAGUAACUUCAGUCCUUCCAUCCCCACUAUCCCGCCGCCUGUGCAGAUCACCCAUUGAAUGCUGCCACCUCUGUCCGGUCUGCAGCCUCUCCAGCUGUUAUUUCUGUUUGUUUUAACUUAGCCUAGGUUGCAACUCAGAGUUUCCCCCCUGGGUGGGUUCCUAACUUGCCCGCAGCCCCGGCCAGACUCCCGCCUGGUGCUCCUCUCAGUGAUUCGGGAACUACCGCUCUCCUUUUGGGGAGCUUUACUUGAAGGCAAGUCGACUUAAGCGUGAACUAGGCAGACUUAAAACUUUGAGAGAAGUUGCACUCAGAAAUAAAUUGGGCAGCAUGCUUUAUUGGGAUCCGCCACAGCCCCCACUCCAUCCUGAGCAGAACCAGGUGCUUAGUAAGUUAAAACAGGUCUGCGGUUCGCACCCAGGCAGGCGCUAGGCAGUCCCACACCCUCACUCCUCUUGAAGCACAAAGGAGCUUGAGCACAAGCCUUUGUAGAGGAUCCCUGGCUGUCAAGGAGGCCAGUCUCCUUUCUAGCUCGGAAGUGCAGUGCUCUUUCAUUUCACAGCCCCUCCCCCAGAGCCUCUAAAACCCUGGGGCAAUGGGAGGGCACUUUCCCCAAGUUUCUGCUGAAGUGGACCAGACCUAAGAACAGCAGCACACUGGGUUUCCUGCUCCA